GGAUUAACAUUUUUCUUAUCGUAUGCAAUAUUGGCGGCUGUUUUGGGCAUGUUGCAAUUUGGAUAUAAUACUGGAGUCAUUAACGCACCCGAAGUGAAUAUAGAAAAUUUUAUGAAAGAUGUAUACAAAAAUAGAUACGGAGAGGAUAUUUCCGAUGACUCUGUAAAAAAAUUAUAUUCCGUAGCUGUGAGCAUAUUUGCUAUUGGAGGUAUGCUAGGUGGUUUUAGUGGAGGAAUCAUUGCCAACAGAUUUGGCAGAAAGGGGGGCUUACUGCUAAAUAACGUGCUGGGCAUCGUGGGGGCAUGCCUGAUGGGUUGUACAAAGAUUGCUCACUCAUACGAAAUAUUGUUCUUUGGACGGUUCAUCAUCGGUGUCAAUUGUGGCUUAAAUACCUCAUUGGUUCCCAUGUACAUAUCGGAGAUAGCACCACUGAACCUAAGAGGUGGCCUAGGCACGGUGAACCAGCUCGCUGUUACGGUGGGCCUCCUGGUCUCCCAGGUGUUGGGCAUCGAGCAAAUCCUUGGGACGAAUGAGGGUUGGCCUGUUCUCUUAGGAUUAGCUAUCUGUCCUGCCAUAUUACAACUAUUAUUGCUUCCAAUAUGUCCUGAAUCACCAAGAUAUUUACUCAUAACUAAACAAUGGGAAGAAGAAGCCAGAAAAGCAUUGAGAAGAUUAAGAGCUAGCAAUCAAGUAGAGGAAGAUAUUGAAGAGAUGAGAGCAGAGGAAAGAGCUCAACAAGCAGAAUCUACGAUAUCUAUGACAGAACUUAUAUGUAGUCCAACAUUACGAGCACCUCUUGUAAUUGGUGUUGUUAUGCAACUUUCACAACAAUUGUCCGGUAUUAAUGCCGUGUUUUAUUAUUCUACAAGUUUGUUCACCAGUUCAGGUUUGACAGAGGAAAGUGCUAAAUUUGCAACCAUAGGCAUAGGAGCCAUUAUGGUUGGUAUGACGUUAGUCUCAAUUCCACUCAUGGAUAGGACAGGAAGACGUACUUUACAUUUGUACGGUCUUGGUGGCAUGUUUAUCUUUUCAAUAUUCAUCACAAUUUCGUUUUUAAUAAAG